AUGUAUCCCCCAAAGAGAGAGAUUUGUUUUAUUCCAUUCUAUCAAAAUGUAUUCCAACAGUUCUUUUAUUGUUCUUUCUUUUCCCCUUUUUACUUUUUAUUACCAUUGAUGGGUAGUAGGAUCACUGUACCACUACCACUCAAUGAGUUCUCACACCAAAUAGAGAUACAUUCUCCUCCUCUUCUUCUCACCAUGAAGAGUCAGGUAUCAUUUCUGCUAUGGAAACUCCCACUAAGGUGUGACUGGUUACUAUUUCCCCCAAAAAUAAUAAACAUAAUUCAAUAUUACAGAGAUAAAAAAGGAAAGCUUAGAAUGGGACACAAGGAAAUGUAUAUUCCCAUUUCUAUUGAAUGGGAUAAAGAGUCUCAUGUGUUGUACAAUGCGUCCAUUUGA